AUGUACACAAUUGCACCACGAGUGGGAUCACGGUGCCAGUAUGUGUGUGCGUCAUGUCUGAAUGCUACAAUCCGGAGGGGUGAAAAUGCUUCACCUCGUUUGUUGCGACAGAGCAGCACUGUAGCAGCAGCCACCCACAAUGCCGAAAAUGAAUCUCCAAAAGCCGAGUCGACAGGCCCACGUUCCUUGGAUUCUUGGCUACAGAAGGCUGCGAAGAAAAGCCCCGGAUCAGCCCAAGCAGACCAGGCCGACAAAAUAGCGACACCCCUGAAGCCGAUAACGAAAGGGCGAUCCAAAUCAGCUCUAGCAGACAAGGCCCACGAAACAGCGGUUACAUUGGGGCCAUCUAGCUCUGGCAAAGGAGCGCAGACCAUAACGAAGAAGCGGUCUAAAGGAGGCCGAGUAGACCCUGAAGACCAAACAGCGGAACCCUUACAGACAUCGAGCUCCAACAAGGGUCUCCCUGGCACAGAUGGGAAACCCCCGCCAAGUGCCAGCAAGAAGCGGAGACGAAAGAAACGCAGGCAGGCCUUAAAUGAUAUAUCUCCGCCUUCGUCUUCGGAUAUUGGGUCUUCAGGAGCAAAGGGGGGCAUAUCAUUAGCACGACUUGUUCCGUCAACAACGAGGAAGGUCUUUCGGACUAGGCAAUCACCAACAGUCAGAAUCUCUUGGACCCAAUCAUCACACCCUGUCACACGGCGGGUUCUAAGCUCGGUGCCAAUACGUCCCGCUCGCACCCCGCAUGUUACGAGGGUUCCUGGGCGACAGACCAAGCGAAGAGGACAACUUUUAACCUAUCUUUAUUCCAUUACUAGCUCCUCCGCCAAUCGGGUUGCGAAGAGGGUGCUUAUGAAAGUCUUGGAGGAAAAGAAAUUGCUGACCAAGCGCGGCCUCAAGAUAGCACAGGGGGAUGGGGAUAUAUUUAAAGAUGCUGCUCGCGAGGAGCUUGAAAAGGCAGAUAAGACUCUAGCUACGACUUUGCUUAGCACGUACGAAAACCUAGAAUCGGCCCUGGAAAACUCAAGGCCAGAAGCAACAGAUGCUGUGUUUAAACCACUAAAGGAAGGGGAAGGCUACAGUUCUGGAAGCGUCCAUGCACAGGCGCUAAAGUUGGUUCCAGUUGAGAAACCUCAGCCACCUGUGCCUGGCCUUGUUUGCGGCCUUGAAAGAGUCCUCUUCAACCAGGGAGUAUAUCGACUUCGGGACCCCCAUACCCGCAUCUACAAUUUUGACCCGUAUUUGGAAUCCAUAACACCGGUGAAAGAAUUCGACUACAACGCGCUGAAAGAAUACAUCACUUCUUCCCGCGACAAAACAUUGAUUGAUACAGCAGUUGCCGAGGGCAGCAAAUACACUGGGUCAACAUCUAGCAUGACCUCAGCUUUGGCACACUUCCACUACCUGCUAUCAAAAUGGCGGCCUGUCAAUCAUGAUCAACUAUCACGAGGCUUCCCAAGCCCCUUAAACUCGUUCACUGCCAUUCAACGAGCGCCUGCUUCUAUAUUCCUGCGCCGUCGAGAUGGUGUCUACGCUAUUGAUGCGAACAAAGGGUUUGACACAUCCAACGUACUCCAAUGGCUUGGGAAAUCAAUGGAGAAGUUCUUAACUUCGGAUAAGGAAGAAUAUAUAAAGUACCGAAAGGAAAAUUCGCAUGCUCUUACGGAUAAUGACAAAAACAGCCCCGAGUCAUAUCACUAUACAACCUUUGGCGACUUCCUUAUGCGCUCGCAGCUCGAUGCCCACGAUCCCCGUUUACCCGGGACAGGCAUGUACGAUCUUAAGACCCGAGCUGUCAUCUCUAUUCGCAGAGACGCUACGGAUUAUGAGGAAGGGUUGGGCUACGAGAUCACAAAUCGGUACGGUGAAUAUGACUCGUAUGAGCGUGAGUUCUAUGACAUGUCCCGCUCUGCCUUCUUGAAAUACUCUCUUCAAGUCCGCAUGGGUCGCAUGGACGGCAUCUUCGUUGCCUUCCAUAACACGGAGAGGAUAUUUGGCUUCCAGUAUCUCCCCCUGCCGGAGAUAGACCAGUCUCUUCAUGGAUCUACCAAUACUACACUGGGAGACUUUGAAUUUAAAGUCAGCCUGGAGCUCUUGAACAAAGUGCUGGACCGCGCAACCGAGAAAUUUCCAGGGGAGCCUUUGGAAGUACAAUUCGAGACAAGGCCGAAGAAUGCUACCAACGGCGACUGUUUCAUGUAUAUUUUCGCCCGCCCCGUCGCUGAAGAGGACAUUCAAGGUAUCCAGGAGGCCAAUAUCAAGCAAAUCCAAGAAUAUGAGAGGCGAGUGAUUGGCCUUGAUGCAGAUGGGCAAGAAGCGGUCCUCCGCGCCGCAAUUAAAGACGCCGCAGAGGCUGUAAAUGCCGACGACCAAAAUGAAAUACUCGAGGCCGCCUUCAACCAUCUCGACGAGUCAGCGUCCGUAGAGACUAUCCGCAAUGCCUUCGGCAAAGUCGAAAAGGGCACACCGGUUGAGAUGGCUGUGAACAAGAUGCUGGAUCUCAUGGCUGCCCGUGCUGAAAGGGAGGAUGCAGAGGCCAUGGCCAGUGAUGCCAACGAGGCUGUUGCUGAAUCUUCAGGUGAAAAUGCGGAUACAGCAGCAGCGGAUGAGGCGCCGGACUGGAAUGCCCCAAUCGAAAACGACGUUGAGAGUUUCGUGGGCCGUUUGGCGGUAUUCAAAUUGAACAUCCGUAACUUUGUCAACGGUCACGAGGUGGUUCGUCCCGACAAUCUGAACGCUACCCACAACUGGGAGGUGAAGUAUAGCCUUGAAGAGAUGGCUGGCAAAAUAGAGACAUUGUACGCAGCGAGCGUGAGGCGUAGGAAGGAGUCGCUGGGUAAAUCCGAUGUUUCGUCGUACAUGAGCGAAAGAUAUGGGAACAUACAGGAUAAUGUGAGCAGGGGAAAGGAGUAUAGGAAGGAAAUGGACAGGCUGGACGAGGAGCAUGGAGUUAAGGUGUAUGAUAAGCAGGAGUUUUGGGAUUUCGAAAGCCUAGAGAAGAGAGAGGAAAAUGUGAGAAAGGAUAUCCAGGAAGAGGUUGAAGAGCUAAAGAGCUUGAAGGAGGGAAAAGAACAGGCUGUUAAGGUGUAA